AUGACUGCCGACAAUCCGCUUGCCGCCCUGAUCGCCGAAAAGGGCGUGCUGCUCGCCGACGGCGCGACGGGCACGAACCUGUUCGCCAUGGGUCUUGAGUCGGGCGAUGCUCCGGAACUGUGGAACACCGACGCCCCCGAAAAGAUCACGGCGCUGCAUCAGGGGUUCGUCGAUGCGGGCUCGGACAUCAUCCUGACCAACUCGUUCGGCGGCACGCGGCACCGGCUGAAGCUGCAUCACGCGCAGGACCGCGUGUUCGAACUCAACAAGGCCGCCGCCGAGAUCGCCUGCAAGGUCGCCGCUUCGGCACCGCGCCGGGUGCUGGUCGCCGGUUCGGUCGGGCCGACCGGAGAACUGCUGGUACCGCUUGGCGCGCUGACCUUCGAUGACGCCGUCGCUGCGUUUCGCGAGCAGAUCGCGGGGCUGAAGGCCGGCGGCGCCGAAGUCAUCUGGAUCGAGACCAUGUCGGCGCCCGAGGAGAUGCGCGCCGCCGCCGAAGCGGCCGUCGCCGAAGACAUGCCCUACACCUGCACCGUCUCGUUCGACACGGCGGGCAAAUCGAUGAUGGGCCUUCAUCCGAAGAAUGUCGCCCAUGUGUUCGAUGCGGUGUCGGACAAGCCGGCGGCCGUCGGUGCCAAUUGCGGCGUCGGCGCGUCGGACAUUCUGUCGUCACUGCUCGACAUGCGCGCCGGCGCGCCCGAUGCGACCAUCAUCGUCAAGGGCAAUUGCGGCAUCCCCGAAUUUCAGGGCGAGAACAUCGUCUAUUCGGGGACGCCGGACCUGAUGGCGGACUAUGUGCGGUGA